CCGCCCGAUGGCGACCGUCCCGGUCGCGAAAUUAGGAGGUUAGGAGGAGCGAGGUCGCGUUCAAUUCGCAGGCAGGGCCGGGUUUGUUGUUGUUGUCCCGCACAACAUCUCCUUUCUCCCUGCAAGGAGAACUUCUCUCUUUGUAAGGUGCUUUCAAUCCGUAAAACAGGUGCUUCAAAGCCUUUUUUCAAUACGGAAUCUUGAAACUAAAUCUCCCCGCUCUUGUCUCUCUCGGACGAGCCUUACUGCUUCGAGACUUCCUUAAAAAUUGACAAAAAUUGUACGCGAAACCGUAUACAGUAAAAAUCUUGCGUAUAAAAAAUAUGCGUAUAAUGAAAUAAUAAAUACACAGAAAUGUGUAUGACAGAAAAGAUAGGAAAUAAAAUUAUAAUUUUUUUUAUAAAUUGUGAAUGUUUUAUCGUUUAAACGUAUUUUUACGCAAUAUGAAAACAAAUAGUUUUUUUUAUCUCUUACGUAAUGUAAAACGCGUGCCUAGAAAUAUGUAAUUUGUGCAAUCUAAAUUAAGCUUAAGAGGCGUUUAAAAGAUCAAUUUUAAUUGAAACAUUGUAACACGCUGGAAUAAUAUUUUAAAUAAUUUUCCUGAACAGGCUAACUGGCACGUAUUGAAAACUGUAUCUUGAAGUUGAGCUCUCUCCUUCAUUGUAUAACAAGCUUCAAUUGUCGCAACGUCAUUGUCACGAAUCAGCAUAAAGAUUACUGUCUAUAGUAUGAAUAUAUAAACUUGCUCAAAGAAAUGGAUUGAAAAAGAACUUGCUGCAGUGUCUGCAUUUUAAUUCUUUAUUUCUUUCGGCUAAAUAUUUGAAUUAUAAUACAAAUUUAUAUGUACUUAUUUCUUUCCAAAAAAUCUUGCCACAUAAUAUACGAAUCAUACUAAAAAUAUGAUAUAUACCGGUUGUAAGAAAAUAAUGUCUUCACAUUUGUUGAAGCAGUAUUUUAGAAGUUUCACAAAAAUAAUGGAUUCGCUAAAUGAUAGUUUUUUUAUAUGGUAACGCCAAAUUAGUAUAAGCUAAAGCGAGAUAAAAUAAUGCGCGAUCAAAUUUUUGAAAGAACAAAGAGAGGAGAGAAAUGAGGAAGACCCCCAAACAAAAAGGAAAAAAAAACGAACGGAUCGUAAGAAACAGGGCCCGUAAAUCGGAUGUGUGUUCCGCGCACAACAUACGUAUACGGAACGAGAGCGCGCCUCGGCGCGCGCGAGCCGUUGCGACGAUCGUCUCUUCCUCGUCGGUCCAGAGUAUCGUCGGUCUCCUUGGUCUCUUCCUUGAUAAUAAUGGCAAAGCUGACAAGAGCGUUGUCUCUGCUCGUGGUGUACUUCGUUAUUACAUCCGCUCUGAAUAACGAGGAGCUGCUGGAGCAGGAAUGCCCCGUGGAUUGCCACUGUCACUACUUUCGCGUCAACUGGGUGACGGACUGCUCGGACAGCAAUCUGACGAUCAUUCCGUACAGCGAGCUGAGCCAUAAUGUCUAUAUUUUAGACAUGAAUGAUAAUAAUAUUGCAGAAAUCAGUCCGUUUCCAGACUCGAUAAAGUUGAGGCGUCUUCAGAUGGCACACAAUCAAUUAACCGAGCUGACGUACGAAUCAUUUGCCGGACUGACGUACCUCCUGGACGCAGACUUCUCGUACAACGCCAUUACGCGGGUAGAUCCCGAAGCAUUUCGGGACAACCCGGGUCUAAUUACAUUGGAGCUCCAGCACAAUCCCUUGGACGAGAUCGAGGAGCCCUUCCUGAAUUGCCGUACGCUGCUGUACCUCGACCUGAAUUCAUGCGGUAUCCGUCACCUCAACACCCGCUUCUUCUACAACACGACGAAUUUGAAUAAGCUCGACCUGUCGCACAAUCCCCUGCAAAGGAUAGAGCCGGGCCCAUUCGAUCAUUUAACGAAUUUGGAAUACCUCAAGCUUAACGGAUGCAAUUUGACCUACGUAUCGCCCGAGGCGUUUUCCCAUCUGGAAAACUUGCGACAAUUAGAGAUAGCCGACAAUCAAUUGAAAACGUUGAAUUGGAGGAGCGUUCUCACGCCGUUGGUGCGCUUGGAACAUCUAGACAUUCGCAACACCGGUAUCACGAAUCUACCGGGCGAUGCCUUCGCCAAGAACUUGUAUCUCCUGCAGCUGGUCCUCGCGGACAACGAACUGUGGCAUCUGGAUGUGGAGGACACGCUCGGUCACAACUUGCACAGUCUGCAGUCUCUGGACCUGUCGAAUUGCAAUUUGCAUGAUCGCCUGUCCGAGGAAGCUUUCCGAAAUGCGAGCAAAUUACGCGUGCUCAAUCUGAACGGUAAUCCAAUGUUCGCCAGCGAUUUGACUGCCGUUCUGCGCCACCUGCCGAAGCUCCAUAAGCUCUCCCUCAGCAAUUGCAGCCUUCGAAGAUUGCCCGAUGCCUUCGACGUGUUUGAACACCUCGAGGAACUCGAUAUCUCUUACAAUCCGUUAUCCGACGCAUUCGUCGGUCUUCUGAAUCCGUUAAGCGCUUUGGAAUAUUUAGAUAUGUCGUACUGCGAUCUCGGUUACGUUGGAAACAACACUUUCGCGCAAAUGACCUUCCUGAAGAAGUUGGUUCUCUCGGGAAACGAGCUUCACACUCUGGAGGAGGGAUUGUUCGCGAAUCUGACGCGUUUGGAAAGCCUGGAGCUCAACAAUUGCGACUUCAAGGUACCUCUCGACCCAAAAGUCUUCGGCGAUCACCAGUCGACUAACAUAGUAGAACUCAAACUCAGUGGCAAUCCGCUGACCGUGCCCAACGAAGGCUCGCUGCUCCCGAAGCAGCUGUCGAAUUUGGAGAUUCUGGACCUCAGCAACUGUGCCAUUUCGCAUUUGAACGAUAACAUAUUCACCACAACGAAUAAUCUCACUCAGUUGAAUCUUUCGGGCAACAUAAUAUCCGACGUGGAGGAUCUGAGCUCUCUGAAAAAAUUGCGCGCGUUGGAGCAUAUAGACCUCAGCAACAACAUCCUACGCACGAUCAGUCCAAAGGUGUUCAAGUCAAAUCCACGCUUACUGUCGGUCAAUCUCAUGGGGAAUCCGUUCGUCUGCAAUUGCUCUAUCACGGAGACCUGGGAUUGGGCGAUACAGGAGAAGGGCGAUCUCCACGUGCUCGUCGGCAGUCAACCGGCCAAUUUCGAAACCGGCUCCGUGAAACGAAGGAAGAAUCUCUCCUGCGCCUACGACGAAGAAACGUAUCGGAACAUGAUAGAAGGCAGUCAGGCGACCGCGAGUCGCAAGCAUUAUCCCAGCCAGUUUACGCCUUAUCGUACUUGGGCUAAGUACGUUCGCGAAUCUAAUUGUAAUCGGCGUUUAUGAUAUGCGGCAGUCAACUAUCAACAUCAACAUCCGAUGUUGAACGUCUACUAUCGUAAGGUACGUAGACUUAAACAGGAACUUUGAGCAAGUUCUACUACACUACUAAAUAUACCAUUGCAACAUCGUCAUAUCUCGUACAAGCCAUAAAUUAUAUAUAAUAUUAUAUUAUAUAUAACAAUAUCGUGAAAUUUAUAUUUCCGUGGCAUUAUUUUUGUAGUCAUAGGAUUAAGGCAGAUCUGCAAUAGAUUUUACGUAUUAGGAGGUAUUGUAAAAGUAUGUCUUCGUAUUGAAACAUUACUAAGUCAAAAAAAUACUCGGUUUUAUAUGUAUAUAUUGUGCUUUUUUGUACAUAAUAUGAUAAUUCUUGUUCUCUCUCACUCUCGUCGAUCAGACUACGUCUUCGUAUAAUCAAUUCGACAAAUCAAUGCUUAGCCAAAUAUUAGAAAAUAUGAAUCAGCUGCCAAUGAUCGACGUUAAAUUGGGAAAGUUAAAAGAAAAUUGGAAAAAUCAGUGAAGAUUAAAUAAUUUUACUAUUAAAAUUUUCUGUAUUUACACAAAACAAAAGUUGUAGUCAUUCUAAAAUGGAUUUAUAUUAUCAAGUAUAAAUUAAAUGACGUAGUUGUAUUCAAUGUUAAAUUGAACAACUCAUUGUGUGACUCUUGAACUCUCAUAUUUCUACAUUUACAAUUAAACAAAGAGAAGGUGAAAUUUUUAUGAGAACAAAAGUAGUAAGUAUAUUUUUUACGCAUUUAGUGACUGGUCACAUUGUAAUUGUAAAUUUACAAUAGAAACUGUUUGCGAGCAUUAAUAGGGCAUAAUUAAAGUCAAUAAUGAGAGAUAUGUUUAAUUAAUAAUUAUAUAAUAGAUAAAACUUGCGAAACGCGCUUGUAUUGAUAGUCACGUAAGUGACUAUCUUGCAAUUAUGUGAUCUAUUUUUGUCACAUAUAAUUAACAAGAAUCAUUUUAUUCAAGUGCUUAAAUUAGUUAAAUUUUUAUGUUUUAAUCAGAUGUGUUAAAAAUAUUUAAUUAUCUAUAUAAUUAAUCAUUUAAUUUCACAUUUGUUAAUGAUAUAGAAUUUAUCAAGAACAUGACAUUGCAAUAUAAUAAUAUAUCGGCUUAAAAAAUUUUUGAGUUAAUGUUACAAUACUAUCGAAAACGUUAAUUCGAUAUAACGUUAAUAAAAUGCAAUAUUAACUUUAAAUUUGUCAUACAUAAUUUUUUUUCAAUUACAUAUUGACGGAUAAAAUCAAUAAUCCGAUGAUACGUGAAAAAAUACUAUAAAGUUCGAUUAUGGAAGGUACAUAGUUCAAUUUUACGAUUAACAAACGCGCAGUUACAUGCAAUUCAUGUGCACACAUACAUACAAACACAAUUGCGCCAUCGCAUCCGAUAGCGUGUGAGUAUGUGGCUAUAAAGACUAAAUGAUUUCCCCCUAUUUGAACUUCAUAAUAGACACGGAAAAUGCCUGAUUAUUGUUAAAAGCAGAUAUGCAACAGUACCUAUUUAUGGCGUGGCAAAUGCAACAUCUCCGUCUUUAAUUCACCAUUCGAAUUAUUACUUCAUGUAUCCUGUGACUCUCCUAUUUUUAAGUUAAUUAAGGUAGCUUAUCCUGUGUUACGUAACUGUUUACGAUAGGUUCGUGAUGUGCAAAAAUACAUAAUCAUAAGCAAAUUUAUAGGCUUUAUAAAACUGAUAUAGUUGAUCUUAUAAAAUUAUUUAAUGCGUUUGCAGAACAUACAUACAUAUAUGUAUAUUAAAUUCUGUUAAAUAUGCAAAUAUCUAUAAUUAGAAAAAGUUGUUUAGAAAUUUAUGAGGUGGACCAAUUUUUCUACUGUCUUAAUAAAAUUUAAUUAAUAUUUUGGAAGUUCUAAA